CGGGGCGUUGCGCGUGCGCAGUGCGCGGUACGGCCCGGCUGCCCGCCGUGCGCUUUGUGGCGCUGCCGGAAGCGGCGGCGGGGAGCGGAGCGGGGCGGCUCGGAGCGUUCGUCCCGGUUUGUCUCGUCCGGCCGCGGGCAGCGAUGGAGCCGGCCUGAGGGCGGGGCACGGCACGGCACGACACGGCACGACAUGCCCGCGGGCCUCUCGCCGCAGGUGUUAUUUGCUUUGUAGCAUAGAGGCACUAUGUACUCAGAGUGGAGAUCCUUGCAUCUUGUCAUUCAAAAUGAUCAGGGUAAUACCAGUGUACUUCACAGCUAUCCUGAAAGUGUGGGAAGAGAAGUGGCAAAUGCAGUGGUGCGUCCUCUUGGGCAAGCUCUGAUCACAUCAUCGGUUGGAAGUGAAAGUUUGCUGAAAACAGACAAAGAAGUAAAAUGGACAAUGGAGGUGGUUUGUUAUGGACUGACCCUCCCUCUGGAUGGCGAUACUGUGAAAUACUGUGUCGAUGUAUAUACAGACUGGAUUAUGGCUCUUGUAUUACCUAAGGACUCAAUUCCUUUACCAGUUAUUAAGGAACCAAACCUUUAUGUUCAAAGCAUUCUCAAACAUCUUCAAAAUCUCUUUGUACCAAGGCCAGACCCAGGAUCUAGUCAGAUUAGACUGUGUUUGCAAGUUUUGAAAGCAGUCCAGAAACUGGCUCGUGAAUCAACAAUUAUGGCAAGAGAAACCUGGGAAGUUUUGUUGUUAUUUCUUCUUCAGAUUAAUGAUACUCUUCUAGCAGCUCCAACUGUGCAAGGUGGCAUUGCUGAAAGUCUGGCCGAGAAGUUGAUCGGCGUGCUGUUUGAGGUGUGGUUACUGGCCUGUACACGGUGCUUUCCAACACCACCCUACUGGAAAACUGCCAAAGAGAUGGUGGCCAACUGGCGGCAUCACCCUGCAGUAGUGGAGCAGUGGAGCAAGGUCAUCUGUGCUCUUACCUCCAGAUUGCUGCGUUUUACAUAUGGACCUUCAUUUCCUCCAUUUAAAAUUCCUGAAGAAGAUGCUGGUCUGAUUCCUCCUGAAAUGGACAAUGAGUGCAUUGCGCAAACGUGGUUUCGCUUUUUACACAUGCUGAGUAAUCCUGUGGAUUUGAGUAACCCAGCCAUUAUUAGUUCUACCCCCAAAUUUCAGGAGCAGUUUCUGAAUGUGAGUGGGAUGACUCAAGAGCUGAAUCAAUACCCCUGCCUUAAGCAUCUGCCUCAAAUAUUCUUUCGUGCCAUGCGUGGGAUCAGUUGUUUAGUGGAUGCUUUCCUAGGCAUUUCACGACCCCGGUCAGACAGUGCACCACCCACGCCAGUAAACAGGCUGAGCAUGCCCCAGAACACUGCUAUCAAUACGACUCCACCCCAUAACCGAAGGCAUCGGGCUGUGACUGUGAAUAAAGCAACAAUGAAAACCAGCACGGUAACCACUGCACAUGCUUCCAAAGUGCAGCACCAACCAUCCUCUACUUCUCCGCUCUCUAGCCCAAACCAGACAAGUUCUGAACCACGGCCACUGCCAGCUCCUCGCAGGCCAAAGGUCAACAGCAUCUUGAACCUCUUUGGAUCGUGGUUAUUUGAUGCGGCAUUUGUUCACUGUAAACUUCAUAAUGGAAUAAACAGAGACAGCAGCAUGACUGCAUCUUUUAUCCAAAUUCUUCUUUCUUAUAAAUCUUCUAUAGCAACUCAAGCUAGCAUGGAGUUUCGACGGAAAGGAUCCCAAAUGUCCACAGAUACAAUGGCUUCCAACCCUUUGUUUGAUGCCAGUGAAUUCCCAGACAACUAUGAAGCAGGAAGGGCAGAAGCAUGUGGGACACUGUGUAGGAUAUUUUGUAGCAAGAAGACUGGGGAGGAAAUAUUACCAGCUUACUUAUCCCGAUUUUACAUGCUUUUAAUUCAGGGUUUGCAGAUAGCAGAUUUCGUUUGCCACCCUGUUCUUGCCAGUGUUAUUCUGAACUCCCCUCCUUUGUUCUGCUGUGACCUGAAGGGAAUUGAUGUCGUGGUUCCAUAUUUCAUUUCGGCUCUUGAAACUAUUUUACCUGACAGAGAACUCUCAAAGUUUAAAAUCUAUGUAAACCCCACAGAGCUAAGAAGAGCUUCCAUUAACAUCUUGCUGUCUUUGUUGCCUCUCCCUCAUCAUUUUGGAACCAUAAAAUCGGAGGUUGUCCUGGAAGGGAAAUUCAGCAAUGAUGACAGCUCAACGUAUGAUAAACCAGUAACCUUCCUUUCCUUGAAGCUGAGGCUUGUGAAUAUACUUAUAGGAGCUUUGCAAACUGAAACAGAUCCCAACAACACUCAGAUGAUACUAGGUGCAAUGUUGAAUAUUGUUCAAGACUCAGCACUGUUAGAAGCCAUUGGCUGCCAAAUGGAAACGAAUGGUGGCGAAAAUAACCUCUUCAAAAGCCACAGCCGUACUAACAGUGGCAUUAGUACUGCAAGCGGAGGCAGUACUGAGCCUACAACACCAGACAGUGAACGGCCAGCACAGGCCCUUCUAAGGGAUUAUGCUCUUAAUACAGAUACGGCUGCGGGACUUCUGAUACGCAGCAUUCAUCUGGUAACCCAAAGGCUCAACUCACAGUGGAGGCAGGACAUGAGCAUCUCACUGGCUGCGUUGGAACUUCUGUCUGGAUUGGCAAAGGUGAAAGUGCUUGUUGAUUCCUCUGAUCAAAAGAGAGCUAUUAGUUCUGUGUGCAGCUACAUUGUGUUCCAGUGCAGCCGGCCAGCCCCGCUCCACUCCCGUGACCUUCACUCUGUGAUAGUUGCAGCUUUCCAGUGCCUCUGUGUCUGGCUCACGGAGCAUCCUGACAUGCUGGAUGAGAAGGAUUGUUUAAAAGAGGUACUGGAGAUUGUGGAGCUGGGUAUUUCAGGAAGUAAAUCCAAGAGCAGUGAACAAGAGGUGAAGUACAAAGGAGAUAAGGAGCCAAACCCUGCGUCCAUGAGAGUGAAGGAUGCUGCUGAAGCUACGUUAACAUGUAUUAUGCAGUUACUUGGAGCAUUCCCUUCUCCCAGUGGUCCUGCUUCCCCCUGCAGCUUGGUGAAUGAAACCACAUUAAUUAAAUAUUCUCGCCUACCCACCAUAAACAAGCAUAGUUUCCGUUACUUUGUUUUGGAUAACAGUGUUAUCCUCGCGAUGUUGGAGCAGCCUCUAGGGAAUGAACAAAAUGACUCUUUCCCCUCUGUCACGGUUUUGAUCCGUGGGACAUCUGGAAGAUUUGCAUGGGCCCAGCAACUCUGUCUUUUACCAAGAGGAGCUAAAGCAAAUCAAAAGACUUUUGUACCCGAACCUCGACCAGCUCCUAAAAGUGAUGUUGGAUUGAAAUACAGUGUGAAGCACCGGCCGUUUCCUGAAGAAGUGGAUAAGAUCCCAUUUGUGAAAGCAGACUUAAGCAUUCCUGAUUUACAUGAGAUUGUGAAUGAGGAGCUUGAAGAGCGACAUGAGAAGCUGAGGAAUGGCAUGGCCCAGCAGAUUAUUUUUGAGACUUCCAUAGAUCAGAAAAGUGAGGAGGAGUGGCGUAAGAAGAGCUUUCCUGAUCCAAUCACAGAGUGUAAGCCCCCGCCGCCAGCACAGGAGUUCCAGACAGCACGUCUGUUCCUCUCCCACUUCGGGUUCCUGUCUCUCGAGGCAUUGAAGGAGCCUGCUAACAGUCGUCUACCUCCUCACCUGAUUGCACUUGACUCUACUCUGCCUGGGUUUUUUGAUGACCUCGGGUACUUGGAUUUACUGCCUUGUCGUCCUUUUGAUACUGUUUUCAUUUUCUACAUGAAAGCAGGCCAGAAGACAAGCCAGGAGAUCCUGAAGAACAUGGAGUCUUCCAGAAUUGUUCAGCCACACUUCCUGGAGUUCUUGCUGUCUCUUGGCUGGUCUGUCGAUGUGGGGAAGCAUCCUGGGUGGACUGGGCACGUCUCCACAAGCUGGUCCAUCAACAGCUGCAGUGAUGAAGAGGGACCUGAACAAGAUGAUGUAAUAGUUUCGGAAGAUGUUGGAGCAAGUAUCUUCAAUGGGCAGAAGAAGGUGCUGUAUUAUGCUGAUGCCCUGACAGAAAUAGCUUUUGUUGUCCCGUCACCAGUGGAGUCCCUAACUGAUUCAUUGGAAAGCAAUGUCUCUGAUCAAGAAAGUGACUCCAACAUGGAUCUGCUGCCAGGAAUAUUAAAACAGCCAUCUUUGACACUUGAACUCUUCCCCAGUCAUACAGACAAUCUUAAUCCCUCUCAGCGGCUCAGCCCUACUUCCAGAUCCAAGAGGGUGCCUCAGGGCCGGACUAUUCCACCAAUGGGACCUGAAACCAAAGUGUACGUGGUCUGGGUUGAACGUUAUGAUGAUAUAGAAAACUUUCCCCUCCCUGAUCUGGUGUCUGAGACCAGCACAGGUGUAGAAACUACGGCCAACAGCAGCACUUCCCUAAGAUCUGCCACUCCUGAGAAAGAAGUUCCUGUGAUCUUCAUUCAUCCUUUAAACACUGGCUUAUUCAGGAUAAAACUACAAGGAGCAACUGGGAAAUUCAACAUGGUUAUCCCGUUGGUGGAUGGGAUGAUAGUCAGUAGGAGAGCUCUUGGUUUUUUAGUGAGGCAAACAGUAAUAAAUAUUUGUCGGAGAAAGAGGCUGGAAAGUGAUUCCUACAACCCCCCCCACGUCCGCCGAAAACAGAAAAUCGCAGACAUUGUCAAUAAGUACCGCAACAGGCAGCUGGAGCCCGAGUUUUAUACCUCGCUUUUCCAGGAGGUUGGGCUCAAGAACUGCAACCCAUAGGCCAUUAUCCUCCCUGGACAAUUAGAUCAGAGCUUGGUGGCUACAGUAAUGAAAACGGUGAAAUAACAACAAAUUUCCUCAGCCCUCCAGAAUUCAGGAAACCGUAUUUUAGCACAAGUCAGCAGAUACCGUGUGGGAGGAGUGAGGAACGAAUCCAAAACGCUGCAGUUGGGAUGCUGACUCCAUUCACCUACCCUCGAAAGAUGACUUAAUUCCAGUCUUCCUGGAUGCUCACAACAUAAUCUCUUCACACAGACAUCGAUUCCGGGCUAAUUAAGAUCUGUGUCUCGUUCUGUGACAAGAAAACAAUCAAAGCAAAACUAUCUCUGCAUUUAUGUACAAAGAACACGAGGCACUCCAGCCUGCCUGCAGACAGCUCACUAUGCCCACGCACCGGGGGAGAGGAGUGGGAUCUCUCCUUGAGGAGGGAAGCUCCUUCUGAGCGCUCGCUGUCCCCACAAGUACUUGAGGAGAAGUUUCUGACCCCCUUCAGCAUCUUGCAGGAGACACUGCGCUGCAUGAGGCGGGUUGGAAGCCACGGGGAGGAAAGCUGCUCGGGAAUGUCAGGUCACCAAAUCCAGAACUGCGAUGCUGUGUGUGACAGUCCCCCCUGUGGGUCCACACACAGCAUCUCUGCUGUCCUGGGAACAAACUCAGAGCCGGGAGGGGCCCGAUUUCAGCCACACCUUCUUACCAGAUAAGAGAUCCUGGUUCAAUAGAAACAAGGUUGUGACUUUCAGGUCUGUUGCAAAAUGUCGUGUUUAAUUUUGGUAGCCUGAUUUUAUUUUUGUAUGCAGCUGAUGCUGCUGAAAUGUCGCUCGGUCGCCAUUUUCAUUAAAUGUGCAAACAUUUCUUGCUUUCCUUCUGCUGAAAGCUGAGGUUCUGGGGCUGCCUCCUGCCUGAUAUGUAUCAAAUACGCAGCUUUAGCAGCUUCUGCACUUCUCGGAAGCUCCUUUUACCCAGACGGUGAAACAAAUUGGAACAGAAGAGCAGAGAACUCUUGCUCUGUCCGUUAACUCGCCGUUCCAUGGAACGCCCAUUUGGAGCUGUAACUUACAAUUGUUCUGAGGCUGCUGCGCUUUCUCAGCAGCAGUGAUUCCCCUCCCCUUGGUCAGAAGUUUCUCUGAGCUGCCGGUGUCUCCCUGGCCCAGCUCAGACACAGCUGGGUCUCUGCCUGGCCCAGAGGGAACAGAGUGGUGUGGAUUCGGUUCUGUUCGCACGCUUUGCUUCCUCUGAGGCUGCACUCCGGGCUGCUGAGCUUAGAGCCUCCCCCAGGCUGUGCUGGGAAAAGAUGUUUACAACUGCACUUCAGUGCUGGGAAUAUGAAAGCUGCAGCAGGCACUGCCGCCCUCAGGAGUGUUCCAGGCCCCCAGCACAGACCUGUCUUGUGUGGCAGGAAUGAAUCAUCGCUGCUGCUCCUGUGUAGGUGCCGCCUGCGAUGGCUGGCAGUGCAUGAGUUCCUUUCCUUCCAGUAAGGAGGGAGUAGGGAGCAUAAACGUAAGGAAUUUGUAGAGCUCCUCAAGUUAUGACAGUGUUUCUCGGAAGCUUUUAAUGCACACUGCGGUAAUGCCCCUGAGUCACUUUGGUAUUUCAGCUACUUUUUGCAACAGUUCUGACCUGCAACAGUCUCACUUGUUUCAUUACAGCUUCCUUGCCAGGAAUGUGCCCCGACCCCAUCGGUGUGUGGUCCUUCAGGGAGGUCCCGCACACCUCAAACCACGCACAGGGAUGUGCUGGUGUCAGCUGAGGGGAGAUGGGGAACAGGAGCACAGCUGCAGGGUGGGCACAGGGAGCUGCUGGGGGGUUUGGUCCAGGAUGGAUCACAAAUGGAGGAACCAAACCACGUCAUGAGAUCAUCAUAGCAGGGAGCAAAGCUGCCAUGUGCCUGCACUGCCCUGUGUGUGAGCGGCAGCACUGGGUCUGGCAAAGCUGAGAGUGAGCGUGGCCUCAUCUCUGCUCAGCUGUUGCCCGUCUGCAUUUAAUGCACAGACACCGAAUUUACCCACGUUGUGUAUGUACCUGUCAGAUCUGAAUAACAGCCAAACACACUGCAGUCCACUGACUUAAAAGGCAUGAGCAGUGCAUGUGAAACUAAAAGAAACAUAUGGAGUGAUCGAACCUUUGCACAUCUUCAGCUUGAAGCCCAUCUCCCAGAGCUGUGAGUGUUACGUGCAGAACCAUUGCUUGGUAGUGCAGUGAGCUGCUGCAGCUGCUGCCUUCAGGUGUGCGGUGCGGGCAGGAGCGGAGCUGUGCUAGGGGAGCCCUGGGCAUCUGCUCCUGAGUCAGAGAGCCAAAGGAGCUGCUUGAAGCACUGCAUUGUAAUGCUGGGCUGUGGAGCAGCACUUAGGUCUGAUCCUUGUUCCGUCCAAAGCAUGAUGUGGCGCCCACCUGAGCAGUGCUGACAGGGACAGCAGGGCACUGUGUCACAUCUCGAGAGCAGAUCAACUCUGUCCAGACGGGGCCAGCAGCGUUAAUGAGAACACUGAACACAUGGCACACGGUGUGACCUGCCCAUAACUGUGGGGUUUUGUGAUCUGCAGAGGUGAGCCUGAGUGCAGUGUAGCAGUGCAGUGUAGCAGAGCAGUGGCUCCAGGAGUGCACUGUGCUCUCAGCCCUUGGUUUGGGUGCAGGCUGCAGUGCCCUUGGGGAGCUGUGCCCGUGCUCGGGGCUCUCUGUGGGUGCUGUGAGGAGCAGCGUGGAAGCAAAGCCAGGCAGCAGAGCUGGUGGCUGUGGGUGGCCCAGGAUGGCUUCAGCUCUUCUCUCCCGGGGCUGAGAGCAAAGCUGCUGUUUAUGUCAGUCGUGAUGCUUCUGUUGAGACCCGGAGCUCGUGGGGCUCCGCACCACAAACUGCCCUGUAGAGCUGGCAGCCUCACAACCUGCAUGGCCGUUCUUUGUGUCCGUACCCACCGCGGGGCAGCGCAGCGCACCGAGCUGCUCAGUCCCAGAUGUGACACAACCAAACACGUUCCUCUGUUCACACAGCAGCGCCUUUCGGUCGGUAACUCCGCUCUGAAUGAUGCGUCCUCUUCGUGGCGGGGGGGGGGGGGGGCAGCUGCCACCUUGUUAAAUGCAGCGCUGGAAUUGCAGAAGCGUAGUACCUUAAUAAAGACUCGUUCAAAGAAACCAUCCUUUCCUAAAGGUACCUGUGAGAUGCGUGGCACACGUACAGCGUGCAGCGGGGGGGGGGGUGGUGCUGGGGUUCUGCGUGCCCACAUCGGGGCGGCUCCGCGCGGCUGUGAGCAGCGACUGAGCGACGCCUUUGGAGCACGGCGGGUGGUGCACGUGGUGUGCUCCUGCACGUGGCUGCUGGAGCAGUUCGGGGUGAGCUGCCGCCGUCCCGUGCUCGGAGCCGCGCUCAGUUGCUGUGUCUCUGUACGUUGCCAAGCCGUGAUCUUUUUGUUCCUACUGUACUUUCUGUAAAUAUCCCCGGCGCUGAGUUGUAAAGUAAAGGCAAAGUGUAAAUAUGAAGAAGUGAACGACGUUCCCUCGUCUCUGGUCCUUUAUCUCCUGUUUAUUUAGGGAAGGCACACAAAGGCUUGUUUGUAUUUAUGCCAAUUCUUUGUCCAGGAGAAACACAUCAAAUAUUGAAUGUAACACAAUUAGUCCAAUAAAUUUUAAAGGUUCUUAUCUAAGCCA